CAACCCUGUGAAGGCGUAUUCUGUCCAAUUCUGUCUGACGUUACUGUGCGAUAUAACUGUGAAGUGUAGGUAUUGUCAAUUUUCUUAUUCCUGUUACAGAUCAAUUCAAAUUUAAAUCCUAGAUUGAUUGCCCAAGUUUGCUAUGGCAGUAGAUGGCGGUGAUACAUUAAAAGACUUAAGUAAGGAUAAAUGCGUAAACCCUCGUGCCCAAUUUUACAAGAAACCCAUAAGAAAGGAUAACUACAAUUUGGAUGUCGAUAACAUUGAUUCUCCACAAGAGAUCAGAAGACAGCAACUCCUUCAGCAUCAAAAAAAGAGCCGAGAUGCUGCUUUUAAUAUUGGGCGAGGCCUCGUGGAAGAAGCCUUCAACUCAGAAGAUGAAAAUGACAAUGAAAUGGAAGUGGAUAGACACAAGGAAUAUAAAGUCAAGAAGUACAAAAAUUAUGGAAAUAGGUUGAUGUUAUCCGAGUGGAUGUUGGAAGUGCCUCAAGAUUUUUUAGAAAAAUGGACAAUGGUGCCUUGCCCAAUAGGGCAGAGGACGCAAAUAAUAGCUUGCAAAGGGUCGACAAAAGCAUUUAACAGACGUGGUCUACGACUUGGAAAAUUUAGCUCAGCCCUGCCAGGUGGAAAUUCUGAAAAUCAGAGAAAUAGUUGUACCAUAUUGGAUUGCAUCUGGGUGAAAGAACUGAAAACAUAUUAUGCACUAGACAUUUUGGCAUGGUCGAACCAGACAUUCUUGAACUGUGAAGCGGAAUUCAGGCUUUUUUGGCUGAAUGCACAGCUGCAAGAUAUAAAAGUGUUGAAGGAGAGAGAAUACCGUGUAAAUAGUUUUCCAAUUUUGCCUUUACCACAAAUACCUUGUGAUCAAAAUCUCUCUGAGCUUUUAAAUACUAUACAUGACUUACCGACUUUGGAUGGAUUACUAUUUUAUCACCGAGAAGGAUUAUACACCUGUGGACGUUCACCUCUUGUGACUUGGCUAAAAAGUUUUAUGCUACCAGAAGUGUUGGGUAUUCGAGUACCUCCUCCAUUUGAUGAAAAACCCGAUGGAUAUAUUGAUUUUAAACAUUACAUUCAAUCUAGUACUGCGAAAAGAAAAAAAGGGAAAUUAACGGAGAGUAAAAUGGAGGUUGUAGAAGUGAAUGCGUAAUGAAUUAGCAAAUGCAAUAUUAUGUAUUCAAUUGAUGAUAUUGAAAUGUUUCAAUUGAAAUCCCAUUUCACACAAUGACGCAUAAUAAUAUAAUUUAAAUAAAACGCAAGUUACGUUCGAACAGACAUGAAGGUAUUUAUUUUAUGUAUUACAUAGUACAUAGUUACAUUGAUCACUGAAAAGUUGAAUAAACUAUGUAAACGCAGAAAACGUUACACUUGUUAAAUUUUUCUUUAUCGAUAAGUAUCAA